GGCGUUGGCGCCAAGAUGGCGAUGGAGAUGCGGCUUCCCGUUGCUCGCAAGCCUCUUAGUGAGAGCUUGGGCCGCGAGAGUAAGAAACACCUGGUGGUGCCGGGGGACACGAUCACCACGGACACGGGCUUCAUGCGGGGCCAUGGAACUUACAUGGGGGAAGAGAAGCUCAUUGCCUCUGUGGCUGGCUCUGUGGAGAGAGUAAACAAGUUGAUCUGUGUGAAAGCUUUGAAAACCAGAUAUAAUGGUGAAGUAGGAGACAUUGUAGUGGGGAGAAUCACAGAGGUUCAGCAGAAGAGGUGGAAGGUGGAGACGAACUCUAGGCUGGAUUCAGUCUUGCUUCUCUCAUCCAUGAACCUUCCCGGGGGAGAGCUGAGGAGAAGAUCUGCAGAAGAUGAGCUGGCGAUGCGAGGCUUCUUGCAGGAAGGAGACCUUAUCAGUGCUGAGGUGCAGGCAGUGUUCUCUGACGGGGCCGUCUCUCUGCACACGAGGAGUCUAAAAUACGGAAAACUAGGUCAGGGCGUUUUGGUCCAGGUUUCCCCCUCCCUGGUGAAACGGCAGAAGACUCACUUCCAUGACUUACCCUGUGGUGCCUCAGUGAUUCUGGGUAACAACGGCUUCAUCUGGAUCUACCCUACCCCUGAGCACAAAGAAGAGGAUGCAGGGGGCUUCAUUGCAAACCUGGAGCCUGUCUCCCUUGCUGAUCGAGAGGUGAUCUCCCGGCUUCGGAACUGUAUCGUCUCGCUGGUAACUCAGAGGAUGAUGCUGUAUGACACCAGUAUCCUGUAUUGCUAUGAGGCAUCCCUUCCACAUCCGAUCAAAGACAUCUUAAAGCCAGAAAUCAUGGAGGAAAUUGUGUUGGAAACACGCCAGAGACUUUUAGAACAGGAGGGCUAAGAGAAGCGUCUGAAGGACAGGACUGUGUGUGCCUGACUGGAGCAGUUCUUGAAGGCGAAGAGGCUGAUUUGUGGGCCCCAUGUGGCUCAGCACUGUGACUGGGAGCCUCAUCACUUGACCUCCAUCGGGCUGCCUCCAGCCCCCAGACCUGCUUUCUCCUGUUCUAAGGCAAAGUGUGGGACGGGGCAGCACUGGGCUCCUUGGGGUGCCUGCAGGGUCCCAGCACGAGGGGGAGUUUUGGGUCCUUAAGAGCACGCAGUGUUCCAGCUGAGAGGACACCCGUCCGGAAUCAUACAGAAACCCUUGUCUCCUCCUCACCAUCAAUUCACAAGGCACCAUGCGCCACGAAAUAAGCCCUGUCAAAACCUGCCCUCCCUGACCCCCAGCUUGUCUGCUUUGGCCUCCGUUCUCACCUCCUCCACAGCGCAAGUGCCACAGUGAAGAAUGUAGCUCUAAGUUCACCCAGCAGCCGGAUGGAGGAAUAAAGUAACCAGGCAGCCUUCUGCUUGGCUGGAAUCUUACUGCCCACUGCAUGUUCCUUCUAGUGCUAGAGGCGAGUGUAUCUGCUGGCUGCCUCCGCCCGCCCUGCCUUGGGGGUGACUUGUAAGAAGUUGAAUUAUCAAUAAUAGAAGGAAUGGAUGCUUUGAGUUCUCUGAUAAACAGGAAAGCAAAGUAAGACAAAUGGAGAUGGGAAAAGAAGAGCUGUUUUCCUCCUAUGAUUGACGUACUAACAUUAACUCUUGACUAAUUCAGGGUUAAAAGAUAGAAACAAGAUGUUCUCACCGAGGAAGGCUAGAAUUAUCAUGUGUUGUUUUUCCAACUAAAAUGGUACCCUGGUUUGGGUUUUGGGAAACUUGUUUUUUUUUUUAAAGUCACUAUAUGAAAGUGCUACUGUAUUUCACAUAUGUGCUGAACUAUUUUUUCCAUAAGUGUGGCAUUAGCAUUCUGUUGUGUGCUCUGGACUGCUUGCGAGCUGAGUGCAGGUGAAGGAGGGCUUAGCAGACAGAAAUCUUCUGACAGAGGCCCUGAGUUCUCUGCUUGGGUUACCUACUAAAAUUGAAACCUAGGACAGUUUCAGUGGUACUACUGUUGAACACUGCAUUUGACAGUUUUGCAAUACAGCUUGGCUCUUUUUCAUUAAAUGGUAUAUGAAUAGACAA